CCCACCACGAUACACGGCCUGCUUUGCCUCUCGUCGUAGACGUCCCGCGUUAGACGUGCAUCGCAUACACCCGCAUAUAGCCCACAUACGACUGCGCAAUGGCCGAGGCUGCCCCCGCCCCCAUCGAGAUCAACGACGCUUACUUCUGCCAACACCUCAAGGAGGUCUGCGCAACGUGCUCGUACGACGGCCGGGAGGAGAACGACACGUUCUUCGGGUUCGACCCCAUCGAGCGCGAGGGCAUCGAGGCCCCGACCUCGAGCCAGAACAAGGACGGCCAGUACCAGUGCAAGAAGCAUGGUUCUCCCUCUUGCAACCAGUGCUACGGCUGGAAGAAGCAGAUCAGCCGUGCGCGCGUGGCCGCGAAGAAGGCAGGCAAGAAGUCGUCGUCAUAAGCUGGCGUCAGUGCUGCACCUGCGUGGGGAGUGCGAGUUGAGGCCUGAGGAAGAACGAGAACCAAGUUUUGUCAGGAGGAACGCGGACUGUUGUAUGAUACUGUAGUUGUUGUGUGUUUCAUGCGCGUUGUACAAUGAAGAUACCGAGCGACCAGAACAG